CCUAUUCAACGUAGGUGUUAGAGAAACCUAAAUAUGGCUGAAACAAUCUUUAAUGAAGGCGAGGAUUGCAAACCGUCGUGGACAUCUGCCGGUGCUGAUUAUAAUGAGAAAGACACCCAUCUAGAAAUCAUGGGGAAACCUGUUAUGGAGAGAUGGGAGACGCCGUACAUGCAUUUACUUGCUACCAUUGCUUCUAGUAAAGGUGGGAAAGUUUUAGAGAUUGGUUUUGGAAUGGCAAUCGCAGCGAGUAAAAUUCAGUCACGUAAAAUAUCCGAACAUUGGAUAAUUGAAUGUAACGCUGGCGUGUUUGAUCGACUGCAAACAUGGGGCAAAGAUCAACCUCAUACAGUUGUUCCAUUAAAAGGAAUGUGGGAAGAAGUUGUUCCAAUAUUACCAAGCGGUCAUUUUGAUGGUAUACUGUAUGAUGCAUAUCCAGGUAUACUGUAUGAUACAUAUCCAGGUAUACUGUAUGAUACAUAUCCACUAUCUGAGGAAGACUGGCACACUCACCAGUUUGCUUUCAUCAAAAAUCACGCGAAACGUUUGUUAAAGCCGGGUGGUGUGCUCACUUAUUGUAAUCUUACAUCAUGGGGGGAAUUAAUGAAGACCAAGUAUACCGACAUUGAACAAAUGUUCCAGGAAACUCAAGUGCCCCACCUAGUAGAAGCAGGGUUUAUGAAAAACAAGAUCACAACUCAAGUUAUUGAUAACAAACCACCUCAGGAUUGUAAAUAUUAUUCAACGUCAAAAAUGAUCGGACCUACCAUUAUUAACGAGUAAUGUAUAGUAGGGUGGGGUAAGAUGGGGCAGGUUUUGGGGUAACAUGAGACACUUGUCAUUAAUUGUUUAUUCAGUAUGGUGAUAAACAGAGUAUAUUACUAUAAUCGUGUACUCACAACUGUGAAAUACCGUUGCAAAUUGUUGAAAAUACGAUCUUAAAAUGUGGGAUAUUAUGUAGUAACGGUAUCCCAUCUUACCCCACUACUAUAUUGUUAUUUUCGCCUUUGAUUGUGGUAAAGUUCUUUACAAAACUUUCUUUUCGUGUUUUUGAUAAAUUUCGUUGUAAAAUGUUCAGUUCGUUGCAAUACAUAAUUGUUUUUCUUUUUU